AUAAUAACCUACAUAAGAUGCAGAGUGUUGCCAGAAAUCAUGUGGCAGAAAGUUUCUUCCCAUGUUGUCAGACAUGACAAAGGCAGAGUCAUCCCAUCAGCGUAGCAUGAGUGCCGCCAACAUGACAGCCGCAGACAAAGACUCAAAAAAUAUGGGUGACAAAUCCUCGCAGAGUAACCCUGCAGAACAGUACAUUCUGCUUGCUAAACAAGCCAAAGGAGCUGCUGCCGUUCAGCUUGUUAAGCAGGUUCUGGAGGCUCCGGAGGUUUACGUUUUCGGGGAGCUUCUAGACAUGCCAAAUAUAACAGAUCUCAAAGACAAUCCUCAACAUGCCCCAUACUAUGAGGUGCUCCAGCUCUUUGCUUAUGGUGUUUAUGCUGAUUACAUCCGUGAAUCUUCAAAAUACCCACCCCUGACGCCUGCCAUGUUGACCAAACUGAGACACUUGACAAUAGUCUCCAUGGCAACGGGGCAGAAGAGUAUCCCUCUCCCCACUCUUGGCACUCAGCUCGGUCUGACAUCUACAAGAGAGUUAGAAGACCUCAUUAUAGAGGCAAUGUAUACAGAUAUUAUUCAUGGCAAACUGGAUCAAAAAAACGGAAUACUAGAAUUAGAUUAUGCCAUUGGUCGAGAUAUUAAACCUGAAGAUUUACCAAAUAUUGUAGGGACUUUGCAAAUAAGGAGAAACAUCUGAAGCAUCGCAACUCACUUGAAGCAGAAGUCUUGAACAUCAAGGCUUCACUGAAGACACAAGCUCAAGAGGGCGAUGAAGCUUUGGUGUCCGAUUCACGUGAUCAUGAUAAGAAACGUCCAGCUAAGAAAGGGAUUCGUGCAUCAUCCUCAAAGUUUUGGCCUAAGAGUUCAUAAGUUGUAAUAAGCUCUGUUUUAUUACACCAAUAAUAAUUUAUUAUUUUGGAAUAGCAGUUUUAUCCCAAGUGUUACCGAGUGUAAACCUAUAUAACACCAAGAAUUGAGGAAGAAAAAGGACAGCUAAGGAACAAUUUAUAUUGUGAAUUGAAUAAAAUUACUUGUUUAAUAGGAAAAUGUGACUCAUAGCAUAAAUCAAUAUUGUGGUUUGAUUUCGUAUUAUUGAAUAAAUAACCUUAGAA